UUAUCGGGAAUUACUUUUUGCCGUCUUAUUUGUCUCGUUGGGGACGUCUUUCAUUUUGGUUUCCAACUUGACGUGUUUUGUUGUCGUGGAAUAAGGUUUCUUGCUGAUGACUCUAUCCGUGGAAAAUCUAAAGUUUGUGUAAACCAGAAGUCUUUUUGGCCUAAAAUAUCAACUGUGGGAACAACUGAUCAAUGUUUGUUUAAGUUAAUCGGUUGAUAGUGCCUUCAAUUGUUAGUCAGCAAUAACUAGGCCCUACUUCUCUCCGAGUUCUAAAACGAAUUGGAUGACCAUUGGUGUCUUGCACACGAACAGUCAUCAUGUCUAAAAUGCAAGUGAAUAACAAAUUUGAAGAGCGCAUACUGGCUCGUAUUAAUAAUGAAAUUGGCAGCGACUUUAAGAAACUCCACAGAGCCUCCCUUUUGGUUGAUGAAUACAAGUCUCGUUUAGAAACUUUGCGGGAAAAGCUUAGCUAUGAAGAGCCGAAUAAUAUCUCCAGUUUCAAAUCUGCCUUUGAAUGUGAACAACAUACUUGUGAUACCAUAGACUUCCAAAUGGCCAAACUACAAGAGUUUGGCAAAAAGCUCGUAGAACGCAUUUCUGAAUCCAAUAAAGCAUUGAAUGCUGUCAAACCGGAUUUGGAGCAAGUCAGAAAAUUGCAACAAUUGGUUCAAUAUUUGCGUAUAGUUCAGGAUAUACAAGAAAUUAGUAACGCUCUUACGCAGUGUAUAAAUGGCAAAGAUGAAUCUAAAAUGAUAAAUCUCUACUUAAAUUUAUACGAAGAAGGAGAUUAUGAUCACAGCGUUGUCGGACGUCUUACCAGUGUCGAAGCUCCAUUCCUCAAAACAUUUGCCACUCAAACUGCAAUUCACUGGCACAGCUUGCUAAAGGAGAGAUUUUCCAAAGAAUUUGAAAAUGUGCUCAAAUCUUUGAAAUGGGGACAGAAAGAACACGAUUCCUUAUUAAUCAAACCAUCUGCCGAUAACAUUACCAAGGCGCAAUUAUUAGCCGAAUAUCUGUUUUUGUUAAAAUCACCAGCUGAAGAAACUGAACAACUGGAAAUGAUAGCCCCCAGCAUUAUUUGUCAACCCUUAUCAACUGUAACUAAGUAUUUAGUGGCACCCUAUAGACAACGAUUUAUGUACCACUUCACAGGUGUGAAACAGACAAAUCGUUUGGAUAAACCUGAAUGGUUUUAUACGCAAAUCUUAAACUGGGGCAAAGAGACUCACCUGUUUGUUGGAAAAACAUUCCAAACAUCUGCAGUUAAAGCAGGAAAGUUAGACUUCAAUAUCAGGUUGGAAUUUAUGCGUGGUUUAGUUCAAUUGACGAUUGAAAAACUUAUAGCAGACAUUGAGGAAAUAAGUCGAGAUGAAAAUCUUUUCGCACAUUUAUUAGAUGAAACAUUGGCAUUUGAAGCUGAAUUAAGAGAAAAUUUUGGAUAUCCUGCCAGCUUUCCCAGUGCUAUAUGUGUAAUUACCCAACCAGUGUAUUUACUCAAAUGGAUAUCGUUGGAAGAAAGAUUUUGCUCUGAGAAAAUGGAUAUGAUACUGCAAGCCGAAAAUCCCUGGCUACUAAUUGAUCCUAAUAUAUACGAUGAUGAUUUAAAAAUUCCCAAGUGUGCAGAUCAAUUUAUACGUCUGCUAGAGGCCAUAAAGGACCGCUAUUAUUCCUUAAUACAACCAGGACAUCAAUUACAAUUUUUAAGUUUACAACUCGAAUUGAUAGAUAACUUUCGACGUCGCCUUGUGCAACUUCAUAGUAGCGGCAUGGUGGAGAGUAUCCCCAUAUUGAAUGCCAUUAAUUACAUUAAAAUGGUAUUGAGUGAAUGGGGUGAAAAUGUACACUAUUUGCACUUACAUGCGGCCCUGGUUGGCCCGAAUGCCGAUGAAAUCAAUUCGGUCUUUGAAAAUCCCGUGUCCGAACUUGAACAUUGGACUGAAAAACUAUUGAAGAACUUAGCCACAAAGGCCGUUAAUGAAAUUAAAGCCAAAUCAAUGCCAUACAGACAUGACUGUUGGCCCACCAUGCCAGACCAAAACAAUAAAGAGCCUUUCAUAUUAUCACCAAGUGCCGGAGAAAUGUUCCAAGUGAUGGUCACAGUUUUGCACAAUCUAGAAAGAGAAUUGUCAUCUAAUCUUUUUAAUUUGACUCUGAGAUUAAUAGCACAACAAAUCGAUGCUUAUAUAUUGGACAGUAUGAUUAUGAACACAAAAUUCUCACCUGCUGGAGCAGCCCAAUUUAAUUACGAUAUGACACGUAAUUUAUUUGCAUUAUUUGGUCAAUAUUGUAGGAGGCCAGAUUUAUUGUUCAAGAGAAUCCAUGAUGCCAACAAAUUAUUAAAUUGUGCCCUUGGCACUGCUAUGCUAUUACACGAAACUCUACAAAGCGAAGAAACAUCCUUGGAGGAAAAAAUGAAGUCUUUAAAAGAGUUGGGAAUUGUAAAUUUCAAACCCAAAACUUGUGUUGAGGUCCUAGAAAGGCGAAUAGAUAUAAGAGCUUUUUAAAUCAAUUGUAAAAAUAUUUUUUUUUACAAAACACUGUUUCCAUUGUGAAGAAAACGUGUAUAUAGUUUGCUUUAAAUUGAAUAUACACCCAGUUGGUGGACAAACUGAAAUUCUUACCAAAGGUAGGCCUUUUAAGCUGGUUUAAAAAAAAUACAUAUAAUUAAAUUUUCCGGUGAAAUUUAAGGUCCCAAAGUAACAGAAAUAUAUAUUUUUUAUUUGGCUGUUUCUAAAACGAAAAUAUAUAUUCAAAAUACUACCACAAGCAGGUAUUUUUAUACAAAGUUCCUCAAUUACCUUUUUUGCCUCUUUCAAUUUGUUUUCAAACACUCCGAAUUUACAUUAGGCAUGUUCACAGUUUCUCAGUUUGUAGAAAGAUUAGGUAAGGGGAAUCGAAAGGGAGAAUUGUUUUGGCAAUUAAUUUUGAGUUUUUAUUUUUUAUUCAAAAAUUGCUCUGUUCCAGAACUAAAAUUUUUACAGUUCUAAUGUUACAGUUUUUUUUUUUUAUUUUUUUUUUUAAAUUUUUACUUUCCCUUUUAUGACAUCGAAAAAAAAUUGCAAAAAUAGUGGAAAAUCGGUUAUCGUAGUAAAAACUUAUACAAUCUUGCAGUUCAGGAACAGAGCAAAUAUAAGUAACACUAAAGGUUCAAGUACAUAAUAAGUUUGAAGUCAUGACUAGGCAUAUUAAUGUCAAAUUAUAAUGGAAUCCCUUUUUGAAAUGUCACAAAAUAUGCCUAGCCAUGACUUCAAGCUUCUUAUGUACUUGCACCCUAAAAGCCAUGGUAAAAAACGAAAACUCCUGAAAUCAAAUUGUACCCAAGUCCAUUCUCUAAGAAAAAACUUAUUUUCCGAGAACUAGAGUUUAAAAAAUUUAAAACCAUCUCGCUUAUGUUUGAGCCAAUCAAUAAAGCAUUUGUUCGAUAGGUAUUUUCAUGAGCAUUCACAAAAACUAUAAGGUAGAUUCGGCGUUUGAACCGAAAACAACAAACACAUGUAAUUUCCUUUUCUUUUAACAAACGCACUGUUUUCACAGAAUGGCCAAUAAUUGGUCUGUUCCAGAACCUGCAAGAAUCUACUAGUUUUGCAUGUAUUUUUUCGAUAGGUUAUCGUUGUAAAAACUUUUAUAUUCAUGCAGUUCUGGAAAAGACCAAAUCUAAGAUUACUAAAAAUAUUUUCUUUUGAAAUAACUUAUCGAUUAUAUAAAUGAUAGGUUUACAGAGCCCUAAUUGCAAUGUGUUGGCUAUACUUCAAUGUGCCCUUUCUUAAAUUCUAUCGCCGUCAUGUGUAGUAUUUGCAUCGCCGUUGCCAUGGGCAACAGUGUAACUCUGUUCUUUAACGUAUAACAACUAUCGCUUGACUACGAACAAAUUUACAAUUUUUUCCGACUUUAUGAAUUCUGUUUUUAUUUUCUCUUACCCGAAUAUUUCUGUUGAACGCUGGUAUUUAUUACUACUUGUGUUUCUAAUUAGUUUAACUAAUCGAUUUACGUAACAGAAACGUGAAUGAAACGAAAUUCGUCGGUCUUUUUUAGAAUUGAUUGAUUUUUAUACUUCAUGCAUGAAUCGUGUGUAUGGAGUGUGUGGUGCAGUGUUUUUUUUUUUUUCAUUUAGU